CACCCUCGGCACGGCAGCCGGGUGGCCCGGCUGGCGCUGGGGCUGUUUGCCUGUGAGGCAUGGACCGCACGUGUGAGGACCGGCUCGCCGAGGAGGCGAGUGACGAGGACCCUGGCGCUUCGGAAGCCCCGGUCCGCAUCCGCGACACGCCGGAAGACAUUGCCCUGGAGGCUCCGGCCAGUGGGCUGGCCUUCCACCCGACCCGGGACCUGCUGGCGGCCGGGGACGUGGACGGCGACGUGUUCCUCUUUUCCUACUCCUGUCAAGAAGGAGAAACCAAGGAGGUCUGGUCCUCUGGUCACCACCUCAAGGCUUGCCGAGCUGUGGUCUUCUCUGAAGAUGGACAGAAACUUGUUACCGUCUCCAAGGACAAAGCCAUCCAUUUUCUCAAUGUGGAGCGGGGCCGACUGGAAAGACGCAUUUCCAAGGCUCAUGGCGCCCCCAUCAACAGCGUGCUGCUGGUGGACGAGCAUGUUCUGGCCACUGGGGAUGACGCGGGAGGUAUCCGCCUCUGGGACCAGCGCAGGGAGGGACCCUUAAUGGACAUGCGACAGCACGAAGAGUACAUUGCUGAUAUGGUUCUGGACCCAGCCAAAAAGCUGCUGCUGACAGCCAGCGGGGACGGUUGCCUUGGUGUCUUCAACAUCAAGCGGCGCCGGUUUGAGCUACUCUCAGAGCCUCAAUCGGGAGACCUGACGUCCGUCACCCUCAUGAAAUGUGGUAAGAAGGUAGCCUGUGGCUCUAGCGAAGGCACCAUCUACCUCUUCAACUGGAAUGGUUUUGGGGCCACCAGCGAUCGCUUUGCCCUGAGAGCUGAGUCCAUCGACUGCAUGAUUCCAGUGACUGAGAGUCUACUGUGCACUGGCUCGACGGACGGAAUCAUCAGGGCCGUGAACAUCCUGCCCAACCGCGUGGUGGGCACGGUGGGGCAGCACACUGGGGAGCCUGUGGAGGAGCUAGCCCUCUCUCACUGCGGCCGCUUCCUGGCCAGCAGUGGCCAUGACCAGCGCCUCAAGUUUUGGGACAUGGCCCAGCUGCGGGCUGUGGUGGUGGAUGACUACCGUCGACGCAAGAAAAAGGGAGGGCCUCUGCGGGCCCUGAGCAGCAAGGCCUGGAGCGCGGGGGACUUCUUCGAGGGACUGAGAGAGGAGGAAGAGGGUCCCAAGGCUCCGGAGGAAGAGGAGAGCGAGGACGACAGUGACUGAGGACAGGAGUAGAGACCUCAGGACAGCCCUUCACUGAAGGAGUCUUCUUUCCUGGUGCUGAUCCCCAGGGAAGGCCUGAAUGAACUUUUUUGGUGCUGAGGAUUGAACCCAGGGCCUCAAGCAUACUCAACCUGCUCCCUACCCCAGUCCCAAUUAAUCCUGUGCCGUGUAAGAAGUUAAAACAAAUGUGAGCUACUAGAGCCGGGAAGCAAUUUUUCUGUAAUAGCUGUGUACUCUACAACAUAAACCAACGGUGACAAGACAGAAACAUGUUUACUAACCAGGGGUUUAAUAUAAAUACAAAUAACACAGACAAAAUGCAAGCCAUAAUAACUAAAACCAUAAUGACAAGCAGUAGAGACCAAGGGCUCAACUAGUUCCCCACAUAAAAACAAAGAUUCAUCGUAA